CUUUCAUUUCCAGAUUGUAAACUUGAACCGCUUUCCAGCACCUGUGACCUUGGAUGGCCUCUUGGGCUGACUCCUUAUUGAUUCCAUAAUCUGGGGUAUUUCCUUGGAGACCUGGAAACAAAUACAGUUGACCCUUGAACAACACGGUUUUGAACUGCGUGGGUGCACUUAUAUGCAGAUUAUUUUCCGUAGCAAAGACUACAGUACUAAAACAAAACAGAACUGCAGGAGGUGUGGGUUUGAUCCCUGGUCUGGGAACUAAGAUCCUGCAUGCCCCAUUUUCUAGCGAGGCUAAAAAAUAAAAAAAGACUACAUUACUACAAGAUCUGUGGUUAAUUGAGUCCCCGGAUGGGGAGGCACCACAGAUACGAACUUAUUAUAAGUUAUACAUAGAUUUUCAACUGCGAGGAGGGUCAGUGCCCCUAACGCCUGAGUUGUUCAAGGGUCCGCUGUACAUCUAAACUGCCUCUCCAAUCAAGGGGCCUGGGGUUUUCUUCCAUCUCAGCAUGAAGGAGUGGGGCCCUGCUCCCUUACUGGGGAAGACGAGAGCCUCAGUACCAGUACACCAAAUCCUCCAGGGGAUUCUCAAAAGAGAAUAAUUCUGUGCCUGUGUUUUCUCCCUCUUUGAAGAAAGUACUAGUAAUAACAGGUAACCUUCCCUCGGCGUUCAUUAAACCCAGGCAGUGUUUCUAAGCACUUUAGGUGGGUGUGUUGCUUAACCUUCAUGACGACCAUGUAAGGUGGGCCCAGUUAUCAUCCCCAUUUUAGAGGUGAGGAAACUGAGGCCCAGAGAGAUGAAGUAACUUGGCCAAAGUUGCACAGGAUUGGAACCUCUAAGCAGUUUGACCCAGACGUGAUCCUGGUAGAACCAAAGGAAGUGCCUAUUGAGGGUGUGGGGAAUGGGGACAGAUGCAGUGUGAUUGGAGAGGAGGGGGAGUUUGAUAUUUGUUUGGGCAAAUUCCAAGUCAGGAAGCUCUGAGGCAACUCUCACUGCUGGAAAGUUGUUUUGGUUUGCAAAGUACACGAGAAGUGGACUCCUAAGGAUAGGUGGCACACACAGGGCCACAGAACUAAGAAAUGGCAAGACUGAGAAAUGAAAUUUCUGGCUUUAACGUUUGCCCCUUUGAAAGAAAAGUUAAAAGACGUGUCUGUUUUUAACUUGACUCCUUCACCAAUAUUGGAGGUCGUGUCCUCACCUGGAAUAGCUCCCAGUGUUCUCCUUUAGGGUACAGUUCCUCCUUCUGGAAUGAUGCUGUCCCCAGCCUGUCAGUCUGCAGUGUGCCCUCCUUCCUCUGUCUGUCCCCUGUGUGGGAACCACGGUCAUGUGCCCUGCGACCUCACCUCUAUUAAACUCUCUCCCAGAUUUUCAUUUAACUGGCAGGAGUGUCUGUGUUCUGCAGAUAGACUGUAAGCUCUUUCAGAAUCAGGACCAUGCUUCACGCACACACACGAACACACACAAUGUGCUAAGACCCAACAAUGAAUAUUUAUUGAUUUUUCUUGGUUGGAAGAAGCAAGAUGGUAACUGGUUUUUUUUUCAACUUUGUAAACUGGUUCAAGGACUAUAAAAAUGAUUUGCCUUAUGGGGCUGAUAAACAUAGGAUUCCCUUAAAUCAAUGUUUCUCAAGGAUAAUCCAGCAUCAGAAGCCCAAGGACUUCUGACUUGGUUUCUAGCCAGCAUAAUGCUGGAGCAAGAGGCCGGCGGCCCGCAGUUUUCAGGAUGGCCGAGUGGGAUGCCGAUUUGGAUCACAUCAUUCCGUCUUCCAUUCUUCCUCCUCUCUGGGCUAAGUUACUUGUGGGAUUUGUUUCCCUCGUGUGUUUCGCACGUAGCUACGAUGGAGACUUUGUCUUUGACGACUCUGAAGCAAUUGUUAACAAUAAGGUGCAUCCUCAGCAGCAGGCAGCGAGCUGGCUUCUUUGUCCUUUGCCGAGAGCAUCAGGACAGCCUGCUGACAGCUGCGGAGGACCAGGAUUUUGCUGCCCGCAGAAGCUGCAGUUCCUGCUCAUUUCAUGUUCGGAGACUCGGGACCUCCGAGCAGAAACGCCCCUCGGGGACCUGUGGCAUCAUGACUUCUGGGGCAAUCAGCUGAGCAGCAACACAAGUCACAAGUCCUACCGACCCCUCACGGUGCUGGUUUUCAGGAUGAACUGCUAUUUGUCGGGAGGCUUCCACCCCUUGAGUUUCCACGUGGUCAACAUCCUCCUGCACAGUGGCAUCUCCAUCCUCUUGGUGGACGUCUUCUCCGUGCUGUUUGGGGGCCUGCAGUACACGAGUAAGGGCCGGAGGCUAAACCUGGCCCCCAGGUCAUCCCUGCUGGCUGCCCUGCUGUUUGCUGUGCACCCGGUGCACACCGAGUGUGUUGCUGCUGUUGUCGGCUGUGCAGACCUCCUGGCUGCCCUGUUUUUUCUGUUAUCUUUCCUUGGCUACUGUAAAGCACUUAGAGAAACUAACAAGGAGGGGACGCAGUCCACGUUCUGGGUGUUGCUAAGUAUCGUUCUGGGAGCAGUGGCCAUGCUGUGCAAAGAGCAAGGGAUCACUGUGCUGGGUCUGAAUGCCGUCUUUGACAUCUUGGUGAUAGGCAAAUUAAAUGUUCUGGAACUGGUCCAGAAGGUACUACAUAAGGACCGAUCAUUAGAGAACACUGGCAUGCUCAGGACUGAGGGCCUCCUCUUCAGAAUGAGUCUCCUGGCCUUGGGGGGAACAGGGGUGCUCUACGUGCGCUGGAAGAUCAUGGGCACCGGCCCUCCGACCUUCACCGAAGUCGACAACCCUGCCUCCUUCGCCAGUAGCAUGCUGGUCAGGGCCAUAAACUAUAAUUACUACUAUUCCUUGAAUGCCUGGUUGCUGCUGUGCCCCUGGUGGCUGUGUUUUGAUUGGUCAAUGGGCUGCAUCCCCCUCAUUAAGUCAGUCGGGGACUGGAGGGUAAUUGCUCUAGCAGCACUCUGGUUCUGCCUAAUUGGCCUGAUAUGCCAAGCCCUGUGCUCUGAAGACAGCCACAAGAGACGGAUCCUCACGCUGGGCCUGGGACUUCUCAUCAUUCCAUUUCUUCCUGCGAGUAACCUGUUCUUCCGGGUGGGCUUCGUGGUGGCAGAGAGGGUCCUGUACCUCCCCAGCGCUGGAUACUGCAUGCUGCUGACUUUCGGAUUUGGAGUUCUCAGUAAACAUACUAAGAAAAAGAAACUGAUUGCUGCUUUCGUCCUGGGAAUUUUAUUCAUAAACACGCUGAGAUGCGUGAUUCGCAGCGGCGAGUGGCGGAAUGAGGAGCAGCUUUUCAGAAGCGCCCUGUCUGUGUGUCCUCUCAACGCCAAGGUUCACUACAAUGUGGGCAAAAACCUGGCUGAUAAAGGCAAUCAGACAGCUGCCAUUAGAUAUUACCGGGAAGCUGUGAGAUUAAAUCCGAAGUAUGUUCAUGCCAUGAAUAAUCUGGGAAAUAUCCUAAAAGAAAGGAAUGAGCUCCAGGAAGCAGAGGAGCUGCUGUCUUUGGCUGUACAGAUACAGCCAGACUUCGCUGCCGCGUGGAUGAAUUUAGGCAUCGUGCAAAACAGCCUGAAACGGUUCCAGGCGGCCGAGCAAAGUUACCGGACGGCGAUCAAGCACAGGAGGAAAUACCCAGAUUGUUACUACAACCUCGGGCGUUUGUAUGCAGAUCUAAAUCGUCACGUUGAUGCGCUGAACGCGUGGAGGAAUGCUACCGUGCUGAAGCCAGAGCACAGCCUGGCCUGGAACAACAUGAUCAUCCUCCUUGAUAACACAGGUAAUUUAGCCCAAGCCGAAGCUGUGGGAAGAGAGGCACUGGAAUUAAUACCUAAUGACCACUCUCUGAUGUUCUCCUUGGCAAACGUGCUGGGAAAGUCCCAGAAAUACAAGGAAUCUGAAGCUUUAUUCCUCAAAGCAAUUAAAGCUCAUCCAAAUACUGCAAGUUACCAUGGCAAUUUGGCUGUGCUUUAUCAUCGUUGGGGACAUCUAGACUUGGCCAAAAAACACUAUGAGAUCUCUCUGCGGCUUGACCCAAUGGCAUCAGGAACUAAGGAGAAUUAUGGUCUUCUAAGAAGAAAGCUGGAACAAAUGCAAAAGAAAAACGUCUGAGCCUUUUUCCUUCAUUUUUUGAGUUUGUGUGUGUGUGUGCAUGAGGCAGAUCAUUAAUAUCAUGUGCUUACGUUUAACCAUUUAAAAGUCUUACAUGUUGUUUAUUUUAUCAUUUUUUUUCUAUGAAAACAGACAUGCAAAAAGAUUACAGCACCAGCAAUAUACUCUCGAAUGCUUGAUGUGGUUUUUGCAUUGAAAUUGUAUUUUUUCAGACAACUCAAACAUAAAUUCUGAAAUUCCAAGGAUGAAGUCUUUUUUAAUUAAAAAGAAAAACAGAAAAAAAUUAUCUUGAGCGACUUGCAGCAGAAUUAAACCUGCAUUUGGGAUGUGAGUCGUGUUGUUGUAAAGACUCAUAUUAUUAAACAUGGAUUGUGAACAAGAAAUGACAAACUGACUCCUACAAUUUAUAUAAAUAUCUAAUGUGUCUGUAUAUUAGAAUUUUUAUUUAAUGACAAGAAAGAGUAAAUUAAGAUUUUUUUAAUCUUUUUUUCCCAAACAAUGUGCUAUGAACAUCAUUUGUAAGGAAAUAUUUAUUUGUAUUUUUUUUUGAAUGGGGCAAAUAAUUGAAUGAAGAAUGGAAAUUUUAACAUCUAGUGUAUCUACACUUUUCCCGUAGGAAGAAAUUCACUCCUGCAAUAUUUUUUGGAUUCUUCAACUUGUGUUGUUUCAUAACAUAGGAAAUUAUGUAGUAUCCUACAUAAACUGUCACUAUUAAUAGAAAAUUAAAGCCAUGCUUUAGGCAAAAGCAGGCAGCCUGAUGUCUUUAUUUUUGUUACAUCCAGUAUUAAGAGGGCUACACACUUCUAUGUAAGUUGUUUUUUUGUGUUUUUUGACUGGAAAGCAGUUUUCUAUUUAGUUUCAUGGAACCAUAGUCAUUACUAUAUCCAAAAAAUACAAGAGGUAAAUUUUCUCCCAAAAGGAACCACAUUUGGGGAGUUUGUGAUAUUUUUAAGAAUUGGACUGUCCUGUUUUAUUGGGUCAGAAUAAUCAUGUUCAUUUUGUUUUAUCCUCCUAUAUAUGCUGUUGACCUAAUGAUUUAUGCAAUCUCUGUCAUUCCUUAUGCAGUAAAAUUAUUACAGAAACCGGUAUACAAGUGUCAUAGUGCCUCCUAUUAAUCAUCUAUUAAGAUGAUUUUCAAAUUGUUUGACUCUGUCCUCUUUGCGUUAAAAUGAAAUC